AUGUCUGCCUUCAAUCCCUUUCGCGCCAGGAACGUUGAUGGAGUUUCUACACUGGGGAACUCAUCGCCAUCGCCAUCGCCAUCCCAACCUGAAAUCAAUUUGCCCCCAGACCUGUUUACAAAGCCGCCCGCUUCACAGCUGCCCAACGGUUACCCCAGAAAGUCGGCGCUGUCACUUGAGAUCGAGGAUCACGAAUCUUCCUCUUCCUCUUCCGACGAUCAAACAGCAGACCCGUUCAAUCCCGAUUCCGCCGUCAGCGAUAAUGAAGAUGACGAGCGCAAUGACGAACAUUCGAGGAGCUUUGCUUCCCCGACCGAUCAUCACUCGCGAGAUCCUCUUGGGUCCGCUCCACACCCAGCUCCAUCCGAGGAGGGAUCGACCACAGGCCCGCCGUUGAAGACCCCUUCUACACAAGUAUCUACAACAGAAGCUGGCGGGCCAAACGCAGCACAAGGCAUUACGCCGUCACUGCCUCAGUCAGCAGUGUAUAAGUCUCCUGAGAAUGACGGUAACACAAGUUCGUCGAGUCGUGCCGACAAAGAGAAAAAGCCACCCCCGCCACCAAGGAGCCAUCAUGGCAAGCGCAUCAAUAGUUCACACUCAACCUCUCGUCCGGAGUCCUCUCGAUCCACGAAUCGGCUCUCCUUUCACGCUUCUUCACCAGAGAGCGUGACCUCUGUUCCACCCCCGGACACGCCCAACGCCAAUGCAGGGUCACCACCACCGGCGUCCGAUUAUUUCCUGACGCCUUCGGAUAACCAACAGACAUCAGGCUCUACCGACUCUCUCCAACGCAGCCACUCGCAGAGCAAGCGGCCGCCGACACCGCCUCUCAGUCGACGACAUAGCCAAAUGCGGCGAUCCAAGUCUACGCAGUCCAAUUCAAAGUCGAGCACCAGCCGAUUGACCAUGUCAUCAAUCGAUUCAGAGAGCAACGAUAGCUCGCAGCCGCCUAGCCCAGGCCCUUCGACUCGAUCAGUGACAUCGUCGAUGUCACAGGACCGCAAGCGCGUUAGUAUGCCGCCGCCAGCCCCUGGAGAUACCCGAGCUGCUGCUGCUGGUGGUGCCGCAGCUCUCCCCGCAUCCGGGACCCCGGCGGACUCAAUUUCGCCACCACCAUCAGCACCUAGUUCGCGGCCAACACCACUACAACCUGGUCGACGCACCUCAUCCUACGGAAGUCCAGCUACUGGUUCCUCCUUCGGAGCACCCCCUCCACCGCCACCCCCUCGUCGAGCACGGGAUUCAAUCCUCCGCGCCAGUGAUGGCGGGGCGGAACCCCAAGCAAGCCGGCCAGAGACCCCGCUCCCUCAACCAUCUAACGCGACCGACAUACUGGCUGAUCUUUCACGGCUACAGAAAGAGGUGGAUGACCUGCGUGGUCACUACGAAAGCCGCAAGGUCAGCCAGUAG